AUGAAUGACAUUUUACUAUUAAUAGACUAAAAAAAUGAUCCUAAUUUUUUAGAAAAAUUGAACUACGCCUUUUUAGGUGUUAGUGGUGUAUUGGGUUGGAAUGCUGUUCUUACUUCUCUUCAAUACUUUGAUGAUUAGUUUGAAAAUUAUGAUAUUAGCUUUUUACUCCCAAUCCCUUAAUUGUUUGCAAAUUUCUUUUUUGGAGCUAUUCUACCUUAAUUGAGAAAGUAUAUCCAUGUAAAGGUUUGUGUUAUUGGGUCUAUGAUUGGAAUGAUUAUUUGUUUAGCAACUUUGCCCGUGAUAACUUACUUUAUGAGCCAAACUCUGAUGGGUUUUAUUUUUGUUUUGACACUGUCUUUCUUUUUAGGUAUGUUUAAUGCAGUACUAUAGGGCGCUGUAGUUAGCAUAACGAAUGUUGUUCAUCAUAAAUUGGCAGCUAUUUACUGGACAUAUAAUGGGUUUUCUGGUUUACUUAUGAAUCUUUUUUAUGCAAUUUCGUUAUUGAUUUUUCCUUCAAGUCUUCAAACAGGUGCUAUUUUUUACUAUUCAAUUUCUGCACUGUUUAUAUCUACUGCAGCAUUUUUCUUUAAUAAAUACUACAACAAAAAAUAUAACAUCGGAGAUGAUUAACAAGAGCACUAAUUGCUUGAUGAUGACUUAUAUGAAAAAUCGUCAACAAAAAGCUAAUCUUCUUAUAACCAGGGAGGAAAAUCUGAGUAUUUUAGUCUCAUAUGGAGAGCAUUUAAGGCAGGUUUCCCAAUUCCAUUGCUAAUUUGGCUUCAUUUUGUUUAACUUUAAACAGUGUUUCCAGGUUUAGCUGUGUUUAAGGUAGAUUUAGGAUGGUCUUCAAACACUUGGAAUUCUCUUUUCUUAAUAACUUUUGCAAAUGUAGGAGACACAAUAGGAAAAUAUGCUGCAGGAAUAAUUAAAAAGUAUUACAAUUUAAAGAUCAUAAUAGCUUUGAUCAUGUCUAGAUUCCUCUUAAUUGCUUUUUUUAUUUUGAGUGCAUACUAUACUUAUGAAGAUGAAUAGAUAUUCUUUAGAUAAUCGUAUUUUAUAGUUUUAAACAUAAUUAUUUUUUCUUUUCUGACUGGCUUUUGCACUUCUGCUUUGAUGUAGUUAUCUCCUUCCCUCUUAAAAGAAGAUGAGUUAGUUCUAAAAGAAUAACUAGGAUUUGUAAAUGUAGUUAUGCUCACUUUUGGAAUUUCUUGUGGUACUUUUACUGCCCUUUCCUUUACAAACUUUGGAAAGACAAAUUGA